AUAUACUAAGCAACUGCAUCAAUAGGACAAAUUUCAUCUCAUAAAAAAAUACCUACCAAUAGUACAAAACAGAAGUAACUUGCUCAGUUAUUUUGCUUCUACUCUCUCUCUCUCUCCUUUUAUUUUUUUUGUUUUUUUGAAAAUUAAAUAUAUAUAUACAUAUGCUUUUGUUAUGGUAAUAGUACGGCUGGGAUAGGUAAAAGAGGAUUGGAAACUUUACCCUAAAGAGGAGGAAGAAGAAGAGAAGGGCAUAUAUAAGGAAGUAUACAUAUAUAUAUAUAGUAGUUUAGCAGUACAAGAUUUGUGUGUUAAUUAAUAUAUAUAUUUACAUACUGAAUUUGGAAAUAUAUAAGUAUAUAAUAUAUUUGAAUGGGAAGGGGAAAGGUGGAACUGAAGAGGAUCGAAAACAAGAUAAAUCGACAAGUGACCUUUGCUAAAAGAAGAAAUGGGUUGCUUAAGAAGGCUUAUGAGCUCUCCGUUCUAUGUGAUGCUGAGGUUGCUCUUAUCAUCUUCUCCGCUCGCGGAAAGCUCUAUGAGUUUUGCAGUGGCCCUAGCAUCGCCAAGACACUAGAGAGGUACGAAAGAUGCAGCUAUGGAGCACAGGAAGGGAAACUAUCUGGAAAUGACACAGAGAGCAUCUAUCAAGAUUAUCUGAAGCUGAAAGCAAAAGUUGAGGUCCUUCGACGUACGCAGAGGAAUCUUCUGGGGGAGGAUUUGGAGCAUUUGGGCCUAAAGGAGAUUCAACAGCUUGAACAAAAACUGGACAUGUCAUUGAAGCAAAUCAGAUCAACUAAGACACAGCAUAUGAUUGAUGAACUUUCUCAUCUUCGAGGGAAGGAAGAAACGUUGCUGGAAGAGAACAAUGAAUUAAAAAGGAAGUUGGAGAAAAUUUGUGGAUUAAUUCCUGAGCAAAGUGAAGAUGAUGGGGAGCAGGACCAAAAUGUUGGAUAUACCCACCAUCCAGUUCAGCCAGUGGAACUCAAUUUUGAGCCUUUGCGAUGCAAUAAUACUAUUGCUUUGCAGAUCGGAAGCUACGGUACUACUACUGUUAAUUCUGGAAUGAGAGGUCAAGAAAAUGUGGGUGCAGCCCGUUCAAUGCAAAAUUUGAUGGCUUGCAGCUCAGUGGACCGCAGAUGUUUUGAUCUUUAAAGCCCUAGCUAGCAACUAUUUGUUGUCCUUUUUAUGUCUCCUUAUAAUAUAAUGUUCUUAAAAGAGGAGACAACAAAUAAACUGUUUCUAGUUUGUGUGCUCUAGCUAUAUUUAGCUAUUGGAACUAUAUAUUAAAACAUUAAUUUGAAUAGUCCCAUAUAUAUAU